AUGAAUAGAGUUAGCUCUGCAGCAAGAAGGAACUCAACCACCAACCUGGAAUCAGCAGAAAAGGAGUACUUAAAAGAGCAAGCCUUGAUGGAAGCAAAGAGGCUCAAACACUUAAAACUUGAGGAACAGAGGAGAAUAGUACUCGCAGGUAGCAGAGAAGAGAAAAAACAAUUGCAACAGAUACGGAAACAGGAAAUUGAUAAUCACAUUGAAAUAAGGAAGAGGAAUGAGGCUUUUCAAGAUUGUAGCGCAAAACUAUCGGAAUCAUCAAGAGCAGCCUCAACAAAUACUGCCCUUGAAAGUAAAAACCCGAUUUCAGCCCAAUACAACAGAAUCAUGACGAAUCAGACUGCUCGUAAGGAAUUUGAAAAGUCCAUCAUGAUGGAAAAUAUGAAGAUGCAACAACUUAAGCAGCAAAUGAAGAGAAAGGAGGGAGAGGAAGAACGAAAGCAAGCAGCAAGAGGACUUGAAUAUUUUCACAAUAGACCUCGCUCCUUCUUGUAG